UCACGUGGAAUCGCCCCUUGACCGCCAAAAGCACAGAUCCAUAUUGUGGCGGUUCUGCUGGCGUUCAUCUUAAAAGAGCUCUGCUCUCGAUUUAAACUUCUCCACGCCUCCGAUGUCUUUGAAGGCUCUUGGGUGCCUACCACCCGUGUUAUCAAGGCUGAUGACUGUUGGCGAGGAUGUCCUCUAUCACAUCAUUCGAUUCCUCCAUGUCCGUGAUGUUGUCCUACUCCAGAGGACGAACCGAUACAUGAACAAUUUGACUUCGAGUCGAGCAACAUGGUUGAAUGCGCUGCGGGAUCAGUGUAUCGAGAAUGACAUCCCUCUCUGCACUUACUCUUGGGAUGAAAUGGACACUUAUCAAUUAAAACAAGCUACCAUUCGGCCAUAUCUUUUCCUGAAAAUGAUCGAACAGCCGGAGGGUGUCUUGUGCGAAACAGAAGAAGAGACUCUCGACCUCCAUAUCCCAGUAUCUGAUCCUUCGGUCAUGUUCGAUGAUUAUGGCGACGAGGACGAAUGGCAGGAUUACACUAUCAAUGACCUCAAGGUCAUUCCCGGUGGACGUUUCCUUAUUACCUGCUGCGAGAAAGGCUAUAUUCGAUGCUGGGACCUCGAUAAGCGAUCUUCGGAUGGGAAAUUGCACCAUGUCGCAUCUAUUCACACGGGAGCUAUCGCGGAAAUAAUGAUCAUACAGCGUUCAGUCGAGUCGGCGUCGAAAUUUGUUAUCCUUGUUCACCCCCGUCAUCCCGAGUGAGUUUUUGUGCAUCCAUCUCUUCACCCUACCCUGCUAAAGAUGAG